UGAUCACAUCCACAAUCAAAGUAACUGUUGGACAUUUGGUCGAUGGAAUUCUACAGCUGGAAAUGCUUGCCAAGAAAAAGGACUUCAGCUUCGAUCAUUUGCAAUGCUCCUCCCAUGUGGAAUUUCCUUGUUCAGUGGUGUCGAGUUUGUUUGCUGUCCAAAACACUUCAAAGACAAUGUCAAACCGAAGAAACCAGUAGAUCUGACCAUCCUAAAAAAGGAACAAGAAGUAUUCGACAAAGUUGACGACGAUGCUGACGAUUCAGAUGAAGAUGACGAUAAAGAAGACAAAGAUGAUCUUGAAGACCUUGCUGACGAUACAGAACUCUCAGAUGAUCCCAACGUGGAUGACGAAGAUGACGAUGAAGAUGAUGAUAUGUAUGAUGACAAUUUUGACUGGGAUACCACACCGUCCAGUACCACCUUGGGAUAUAGACCAACCACUCCUUCGACAACUCCAUCAACCACAACGACCACGAGAACUACUACCGUUUCUACUCCAGAUCCGUACUUCACUCAUUUCGAUCCAAGAAAUGAACAUGACAGCUAUAAAGAAGCACAGGAACGUCUAGAAGAAACUCACCGCGAAAAAGUCACCAGAGUAAUGAAAGACUGGUCCGACUUGGAAGAAAGGUACCAAGACAUGAGGCAAUCUGAUCCCACCGGAGCCGAUGAAUUCAAGCAGAGGAUGACUCAGAGGUUCCAGCAAACCGUCCAAGCUCUCGAAGAAGAAGGCGAUGCCGAGAAACACCAACUAGCUGCCAUGCACCAGCAACGCGUGCUAGCCCAUAUCAACCAAAGAAAGAAGGAGGCCAUGUCAUGUUAUACACAGGCUCUCGAUGAUGUACCCCCAAAUACUCACCGUGUUCAGAAAUGUCUCCAAAAACUUCUCCGUUCCCUCCACAAAGACCGCGCCCACGCCAUCAGCCACUACCGCCAUCUGCUUGCCAACAGCAUCGAGGCCGCAGCUCGGGAACAACCGAGGACACUUGAACGUCUAACCGAUAUCGACAGAACCGUCAACCAGAGCAUGCAGAUGCUGAAGAGAUACCCCGAUUUGUCUGCCAAAAUUGGUCAACUGAUGGACGAUUAUAUCCAAGCCCUCAGGUCAAAAGAUGAAACUCCCGGAUCGCUUCUUGCCAUGACUACUGAUGCUGAGCAAGCCAUUUUGGAUAAAUACAAGUCAGAAAUAGCCAACAAGCAGGCAGAACGUGAGCGCCAGAGGAUCCAGGAGAAGGAAAGGAAGGAGCAGAGGAAGAAGGAAAGGUACGAGCUGAAAGAAGAGAAGAAGCGAGUUGAGGCCGCUUUAGGCAAGACUAUAACCAACUUUGAUGACGAGGACAUGGAAGAUGAGUCUCUUCCCGAAGACAAGUCAUCGGUAAGCAGCUUCAAUACUACAUCCCUACCCACAUCUGAGAGCACAGUCUCUGAUAUCGCAAACAAUUCCAUAACAGCUGCUGCUGAUGAGCACAACAAAGAAGUAGACGAUGCAGCUGUACAGGAAGCUGUCGAACAAGUAGCUAAAGCUGCGUCUCAUAGACAAGACAUCAUCAGAGUAGCACACGUGAUGAGUCACGAUAUCAGUCACGGGGAGCCAACUUUCUUUCAGACAUACUCCGUGAGAAGGGAAGUCUAUGGACGCAAAGACGGAAGAAGCGUUUAUUUCACUUUAGCUUUCGCUGGUAUGGCCCUGAUGGCGGCAAUAGUGGUGGGUGUAGCAGUUGCCAGACGUAAAUCCGCCAGAUCGCCACAAAGCCAAGGAUUUGUUGAGGUGGAUCAAGCAGCAACUCCUGAAGAAAGACAUGUCGCAAACAUGCAGAUAAACGGUUACGAAAAUCCUACUUACAAAUAUUUCGAAGUGAAAGAGUAAUCAUAUUAAAUUUAUUUGUGGACUUUUAGUUGACUUCCGAAUUGUUAUUUAACCUGGCAGCAUUUAAUUUAUGUUAUAAUUUAUGUUGUGAGUUUCGGUUAAACUGAUUUAUUAAGUUUGAUAUUAUUUGAGGCUAAUAGGAUUCUAAUCAUUCCAUAAUGUGUUAUUUAACUGUACUUAAAUAAGCAACUCGAUAAUAAUUCUACAUAUGCAAAAUGAGAAAUAUAUGAAUAUUUUGAAAACUUGAACAGUAUAUAAAGUAAUAACUUUUGCAUAUGACAGUCCAAUACUUCAUGUAUUCAGUUAUAGUGCGGUAAUGUAGUGGUACACAUUCAGUGAAGAGAUAUUAGUUAGAAUUCGAUAAUGGUAUCACUACAGUACUGGAGUUAGUUGCUAGGUGUAUAUGGUACCCUCCAUAUUAUAAUUAAUGAAAAUUAGAUUAUAAAGUGCAUGUUAUUCAACAAGCUUUUGUACAAAGUCUUUUUAUUUUUGUUAUGACUUUAUCAGCUUUACUCAUUCCCUCACCCCAAUGCCCAGGAUAUUCGCUAUGAAUCGUGCUUGAUCAACAAAUGUUCAGAUCAAUAUGUAGGUCAAUGAAGUACCCAAUUUUUUUCGUAUGAGAUGCAGAUCCUGAUGAAAACUUGUUUGAGAAUUCGUGGAGGCAUUUUUUAGUCUGAAUGGCAUACGUAUGUAAUACGUAAAUAGAGGUGUUGUUAAUUUUCAAGUCGAUUUGAAUGAUUCAGAAUUCAUUGAAAACUAAGAUUGUAGGAAGUGGAUGAUUUAGCUCAAUCCUCAGGAAUUCUUUUGUGAGCAACUGAAGAAUUCAGCAGUGGUACUUUGUUGGGCUAUUGAGUGAUACGUAUUUUAUAAAUUCAGUUCAGUUGGUAGUGAUAUUCUAGGGAAGAAUUUUGGGUUAUUCAUAGCCGUUAUACAUACUGAAUUGUAUUUAACACGUAGUAAAUACUAUUGUGUUUAUUUUUUCUUCCCUACUGUAUAACAUCAACUACUAAUUUUUCCAUCAAGUCGAUAGUUUUUUAUUUUAGAGAAUAUUGUAUGAUCUGUGAAGUCUAAAAAUAUUACUCAUUUUUAUGCUAAUAUUUUCAUAUUUAGGAGGUAUUCCUUGCAAAAUCUUGCCUUUAAUUUCGUUACAGUUUCGGUACAAACAUCCUUAUCACAUUUAUAAUUCAUUUGAAACCAAACCAUUUGUAGAUACAACACAUUCCACGUUUUUAAGGCAUCUACUGAGCAAAAUUUCCCUAAACACGAUUUUUCUGAGGUGUCCGUUGGCACCAUCAACAAGACAUGCGUAUUGUUGGGAUUUGGCUGUUAACUUAGGAAUUUCAUCUGGCAUUUCUCUCGAGGAUUUCAUACACUAUUACGAAAGCUUAUAAGUGGAUAGCUUCAGUAAUAAGCCUAGUGUUAAGGUAAUCCACUGAUUUCAAAUCACUAGCAGAUUUAUAUCAUACGAAAAGCGUGUUUGUUGAUGUGCAUAUUAGUAUUUUCCCAAAAUUUUCAUAAAAAAAAUUGUAAAAUAUUUUUGAACAAUAUCAUGUAACUGUUUUUGGAUUUUCACUGGUUCUCUUUUUUGGAUAAAGCUGUGUUAUUUCAAUUAGUACCUUAAUCUACCUAAUCUUGGAUAGAUUAGUUUAUUUAGCAUAGUUAUUAUAUGUUUUGUGGCCAUGUAAUUUUAAAUUAAUGUAAUAAAACCUAACUUAUUAUUUUAA